AUGGGAGACAUGAUGGAAAAUGAACGAAAUGCCCUGGGUUGGGUGAAGGUGGUGAUUUUUGCCAUACUUAUACAGGCCAGCCUAAUCGAUGGGCUUUCAUGGCGUAGUGCGCCAAGAGUCGACAUAGAUAGGGCAAAGGACGACAAGUCAACUACCACGGGUGGUAAUCUAUCACAACUCCUUAGCCAUGGAGCGCGGUUACCUAGCUCAUACGAAGUGGCCCUGAAUGAGCUGCGAGAGCUUGAAUCCGAACCAUUGUGUCACAGGACAGCUGCACGCUUAUUGGUCAAUAACUGCGAACUCCUCGAGGGCAAGAAUGAUGCAACUGCUCUUACUGAUAGCGGCCGAAUGAUUAGGGAUUUUGUUGAUUCAUACGCCGCUAGCCUAGCCAUCUGCGACUUGGAGAGGGGUAGUUUCCAAAUCCCAAGAGAGUGUGCCAAAUUUCGGGAGUCGGUAUUAGGUCAACUUCCUCUCCAGAACUUAGGCCACCUGCACAACACCUGGGUCAGCUAUCGUCAUAAAGCCUUAAGAUUCUGCGAAGCUGCACGGGUAGACAAUGAGAAAGCCGAACAUAUUCUCCUCUUCCAACGUUUGAUGAAGAUUAUGGGUCGGUUCUCGGAUGAUGUGGAUAAGCAAUUCGAUCAACGCAUGAACGACCUACAUUCACGAGCUCAGGCGACAGGCGGAAGAAUUGACGAAUUAUCGCCCAAGGUUGAUCAGUUAAAAGACAGUCUGAAGUCUAUAGAGGAACUGUUCCUGGGGCAGCUCGUCCUUGCAGUCAAGGAAACUACGGAGGUGAUCAAUUCAGGAACAGAGAAUGCAGCAAACCUAGAAAGAAUGCUUGGGGUACUUUUCAAAAGCGUACUCGAAGGACAGGCGAAAGUCGCAUCUAUUCACGAACGAUCAAUGCAGCUAGCUAGCCAACGUGUGGAGACCGCGGCGAAUGCGGCUUUUGAGGCAAUAGCAGUGGUUACUGGAUCCGCGGUAAAGUUGCAUAGCCAAGUUGAGCUUUCGCAUCUUCGAGCGAUCGAGUUAGAAUCCAGACAGGAAAAUCUAGAGUUGGGAAUGCAGCGACUGGUGAACGUGGCGGAAAAUCUCACGGCCAAAUACGACGAUCACACGAAUCUUCUACAUCAAGCACAGAACAUAACGGAUGAAUUACUUGACAACUUGGAGGAUAUGGCGGUUUCAGCAACAUACAUCGGCGAGUCGAUUCUUAGGAGACCCUCCGAUUCAUCAUGGUGGCCGUAUAUUUGGUGCCCUGCCGCUUCCCUUGUGUUAGGCUCGUAUGGCCUUCCUCCUUCUGCAACGAGAAAUAUAGCCUUGCUCGUUAGAGGCGAAGUAUUAGGGUAUACGAUCUCGUCAAUCCAGUCACUAUAUUUUGGAUUGUCUUCUUCCCCUACCGCAAGAAUCUCCACUUUACUUUUCACCUGGGGACGUUCCUCACCUACUACAAGCACUACUUUCAACACCACCGCGCAACCUGGAUUAUCAUAG